UCUGUCUCACUUCCGUGUUCCUCGGCUCACCUGUUACACCUGUGUUACAGCCGCUGCACCUGCUGCGUUAUUACUGCGCCAUGUCGGCGGAGUUCACAGCGUGCGAUUUAACGCUCGGCGAACCGGGGGAGACUCUGAACGCCGUGAAUAAAAGUAAAAACAUGGAGAGUGAACAGCCUAUCUUCACUGUGAUGACCGGUGGUGGAGGAGCCGGGGAGAAGCGACUGGACGGCGCGAAGCCGAGUUUCUGCGGUGGUGGUGGUGGUGGUGACGCGGUGGCUUUGACCGCCUCCGACAACGAGUCUGGAAUCUUCUCCGGGGAAAGUGAAUUCUGCGUAGAACACGAGUCCGAACUGGACUGGUUCUGCGGCACCGAGCAGAAGCUCAUCUGCUCCCACUGCGCCAUCGUGGGUCCCUGCCACGGUCACACCGUGACCCCUCUGUCCACGAGGGUGACGACCAUCAGGAACCAACUGGUAGACGUGUGUGAAAAAAUGCAGCUGAAGGCCCUGAGGAUUGAGAAGUUUAUUAACCAGACGCUGACGGCCAAAGAUCAACGGCUUCUGGCAGCAGCCAGUCGAACAAGAGAGCAGGUCCUGGCUCAGGUCAGCGCCGCCAGGGAGGCUCUGGAGGAGGAGGAGCAGCGGCUCCUGGAGGAGGUGCAGCGGGAGGAGGAGCGGGUGGAACAGUGUCUCCUCACUCAGAGGGCCCACUGGAGCCAGGCCAUGGGGACGCUGUCGCAAACGCGCUCACGCCUGGUCCACAUGCUAACGCACACGCCAGACGCUCAGCUGGUGACCAAUAUCCAGGAUAUAGCUGAGAGGGUGGAGGAGGCAGAGGGAGUGGGCGAGCCCUGUGACACAGAACAGCUCAACCUGAACCCAGGCUGCAGUGACAGUAAGCUGCUCAGGGGUCUGUGGGCCACCGCGGUGCUGCUUGGCCCGAACGCUUAUGGAUCGGUAAAUAUAAAGUUCGACGAGCGCACAGUGAGCCCCCUGCUGUCCCUGUCCGAGGACCUGUGCACUUUGACCUUCCUCCGGAAAAAACCCCGCAAAUCCCCACCGUACGACCCAUCGCGCUUUGACUGUUGGCCCAACGCCCUGGGUUCCCUGUCCAUGUCCUCCGGCACCCACAGCUGGAUGGUGGACGUGGGCGACAGCGGUGCCUUCAAGGUCGGGGUCUGCUACGCCUCCAUGGAACGAAAGGGCUCCGGGAACGAGGCGCGACUCGGCCACAACUCCCAGUCCUGGGUGUUGUCCCACUACGACGUGGACUACUCCUUCUGCCACGCCGGGAAGAAGGUGGCGCUGCAGGUGGUGAAGACGCCCAGGAGGAUCGGUUUACUGCUGGACUGGCCCAGCCAGACGCUGCUCUUCUACGAUCCGGACUCCAGCGCCGUGCUCCACUGCGUCACACAACACUUCAGCGCCCCCCUGCUGCCUGCGUGCGCCGUCACCGACCGCAGCAUCACCGUCUUAAACUAACCGACUGCGCGACAAAAUACUGAAAUGACUCCAAACAUGUGAAGAAGUAAAAGACAGAGACUUUUUUUUGAACAUGUGACCGACUGGUGAAGAUUCUCCAUCUGUGCAAUCACUACAUCCUUAGACAGUUUUUAUUUAUUCCUUCGAACUGAUGAUCCUUCUGUGUUGGUUUGAAUUCCUUUAACUGUUGAUUACAUUUUACAGAUGUUGAACUUGUUUGACUGAUUGUGAUUGUGUUGUUGUUGGUUUUUUAGUUAUAUUUGUGUUUUUUAAGGUAAUUGUUUGUGUAAUUAGAUUUAAUGAAGGUAAUGAAACGUCAUCAACUUUAAUUGUAGGAAAUAAUCACUGCAGCACUGGUUGGUCCCGAUCUGCGGUUCAGGCCACGUGACGUAUUAUUAGUAAACUGAUGACAAUGCAGUGCUCAGUAAACAGUGGCGCUUUUUUGGUUUCAGGCUGAAAAAGUCAGACAUUUAGAAAUAUAUUUUCAAAUGGUUGUUUUUCUGUCUGUUUCACGGUUGGGUCUUUGAUCGUAACAGUUGUCGCCAGGGUCACUUCCUGUCCAGUUGUUAAGUCAACCCAUUCCCUCUGUACAUCCCCAAACCUCCUGUCAUUAGACUGUUGGUCACACAUGAUUGGCUCCCUGCGGUUGCCAGGUUCUUUGGACAAUUCUCAGUGAAGUUAUUUUUUCAACCUAUUUAAGAAAUCUGGAAAAAAAAACAUAUGUAAAGGCCGUGUUUUUAGCUUGUCAAGUCACACAGUGUUAGAUUUCAGUGGAAUGUUUGUAUAUUUCAUUUAUAUGAAGAAAAUAUAAAAAAAAUAUUUGACUGG